CUGUGUUUUGUAUACAGCUGUUCCGGUCUCAAAGUUUUCCGCCACAGCUGAUGAUAAUAAUGAGUAGUGGUCCAAAUCAGAGGACGCUGUUCCAGACGUGGGGGGGGACCGCCUCUCAGGACAAAGUUCAACCGAAAAAAGACGUCAAGAGGGCCGCAGGACGACGCAGAGCGACCCCCAGUGUCACUGCACAGGGGGGUAAGGUCUCAGCACCUUCCCAGAACCCUCUGUGGCCUCAGAGAGGUCAGAGGUCAACCUGCACAUCAGUGAACCAACAGAGGACAGAGGAGCCCAAACCUCUGAUAGGUCAGAGGUCAACCUGCACAUCAGUGAACCAACAGAGGACAGAGGAGCCCAAACCUCUGAUAGGUCAGAGGUCAACCUGCACAUCAGUGAACCAACAGAGGACAGAGGAGCCCACACCUCUGUAUGAAGAUGAAGAUGAUGAUCUGAUGGUGGUUGCUGUUUAUGAGGCCGAGAAGAGCCUCCAACGUGACAAUGCAGACUGUUUUCAGUGUGACAACCUUGUAGGAACAGAUACCACUGCUCUUUCUCCCACUCCGUCAGCUGGGCGAACCUACCCAGACUUCCCUGGGUUUGACAGCUCCUCAGCUAAGGUAUGGAUUUACCCCACCAACUAUCCCAUCAGGGAGUACCAGGUGAAGACAUCAGAGGCUGCUCUCUUUCAGAACACACUGGUGUGUCUGCCCACUGGUAUGGGAAAGACCUUUAUAGCCGCUGUGGUUAUGUACAACUUCUACCGCUGGUAUCCAUCGGGGAAGAUUGUCUUCAUGGCUCCCACCAAACCUCUUGUUGCACAACAGAUCGAGGCCUGUUAUAAAGUGAUGGGGAUCCCACAGGCACACAUGGCUGAGCUGACAGGCGCCACAGCAGCAAAGCAUAGACAGGAGGUGUGGAGGACCAAGCGUGUCUUCUUCCUCACCCCUCAGGUCAUGGUUAACGAUCUGUCCAGAGACACCUGUCCUGCCCACCAGGUCAAGUGUGUGGUGAUCGAUGAAGCCCACAAGGCGCUGGGCAACCAUGCCUACUGUCAGGUGAUCAGACAGCUCUGCAGCCAGACUUUGCAAUUCCGCAUCCUGGCCCUUAGUGCAACUCCAGGAGGCGAUACAAAGUCUGUGCAGUCGGUGAUCUCUAAUUUGCUCGUCUCCCACAUCGAGCUGCGUUCAGAAGAGAGCCCAGACAUCCAGGCCCAUUCCCACCAGCGCAGUGUGGACAAAAUUGUGGUUCCUCUGGGAGAGACCCUCUCUGCUCACCAGGCGCGCUACCUGCAGGUGCUGGAGAAAUUCAUGUCUCGUCUGGUCCAGAACCGGGUCAUGGCACACAAAGACCUGCGGACUCUCAGCAAAUACCAGAUCAUCCUCGCCAGGGAUCAGUUCCGCAAGAACCCACCACCAUGCAUCAAGAGUCCGCAGCGGGGAAUGCUGGAGGGGGACUUUGCCCUUUGCAUCAGCCUGUACCAUGGCUACGAGCUGCUGAUGCAGAUGGGGAUGAGAUCGCUCUUUUUUUACAUCCAGGGAAUCAUGGACGGAUCCAGAGAGAUGUCCAGGGCCAGAAAUGAGCUGCAGAGGACUCCCGUCUUUUUGGAACUUUACCAUGAGAUGCAAGCGAUGUUUGUGAAGCCAUCUGCUGGUCCAGAUGAACCAUUCAUUUACAGCCACCCCAAACUGGAGAAACUGGAGGAGGUGGUGCUGCAGCACUUCAGACGGUGGGCUGAGAGCUCAGCAGACAAUAAUGGUCCAGGUACUAAGGAAGUAAGCACGCGUGUGAUGAUCUUUUCAUCAUUCCGUGAGAGCGUACAGGAGAUCGCAGCCAUGCUGAACCAACAUGCCCCGUUGAUAAGGGUCAUGACCUUUAUGGGCCAAGCCUCAGCAGGGAAGGGAGUCAAAGGCUUCACACAAAAGGAACAACUGGAGGUGGUGUUCGGGUUCCGUCAGGGAGGAUUCAACACACUGGUGUCGACCUGUGUCGGGGAGGAGGGGCUGGAUAUCGGGGAGGUGGACCUCAUUGUUUGCUUCGAUGCACAGAAGAAUCCCACCCGCCUGGUGCAGCGAAUGGGGCGUACUGGACGUAAGCGGCAGGGACGAAUUGUUGUCAUCCUGGCUGAGGGGCGCGAGGAGAGGACAUACAACCAGAGCCAGAGCAACAAGCGCAGCAUAGACAAGUCCAUUAUCGGCAACAAAAGCGGUUUCCACAUGUACCCCAACAGUCCCCGAAUGCUGCCCGAGGGGGUGAACCCCAAUAUGCAUAAGAUGCACAUCACCUGUGGCCAGUUUGACCAUCGGGAGAGCAGCAGGCGGUCUGUCAGGGGUCGACGGUCCCACUGUGAGGGACGGGCCUCACUCAUCCACCCUCAAAACCUGAUUCGACAGGGCAGUGCAACGUCUGAUGGGUUUCUGAGCAGCACUGAAUAUUCCCACUGGGCGUCCACCAUGAGGCUGGAGGAAGAUGAAGCUCAUCCAACCCUGAAACAAUCCCGUUUCAUGUCCCUGCCCAGUGAUCUUCCACCUCAGGAGGAAGUUUCCAAAAGUGGCCCACCGUCCAGAGACCUAUCUCUGUGGGAAUGGAGACACUGGCAGCACAAAGCGCUUCCCACCCAUGUUGUUGAUCAUUCCCUCCGCUGCCACCACUUCAUUAAGGUGAUGGAGCUCAUAGACGGCAUGAGGGAGGAAAAUGAGGGGGAGUGUCGUUAUGAACAGGAGCUUCUUCCUUACCUCCACAAAGCGGACGCUGUUGGCCACGUGAAGAAAGGUCAAAAGAAGCAGAAGGGCACAAAGAACUGCACUAAAACUACCAAAAACACAGCCAAACCGCCUCACUCUACGUUGUCUGAUCUGGGAUACUUCGAUGACGAAGGAGAUUGGGAAAAUACACGAGCAAAGACCAUAGUUUCCACAUUCAAUGUCACAAAACAGCGACUUUCUGUUGAACAUGAUACUGAGGUGCCCUAUGAUGACGUCAGAGAUCGACCAGGACCUGAGGCAAUUUGUCCUCCUCUCUCAAGCAAUGACUGUCCAGAAGCUGAUAUGGAUGACGACUGUGACGUUAUUAACGAGGAGGUCAUGAAGUUAGAGCCCGCAGUUGGUGAGGCUGUAAAUAAUUUCAAGACUUCACAAUUGAUUUCAAAGAUUGAUGAAGAUGAAGAUGUUGAGCUUCAGGCCAUGUUUUACCUUCCUAAAUGGGAUUCAGCACCUUCUCCCUCCUUUGCUAAACUCCUGGGAAGAGAUCAGAGUCUAAAAGUCAUCCUGGCCAACGUGGCAGAGCUCCUGUCCCGAUCUCCACCGCCACCGACUGAAGAUUUAGAGGACGACAUGGCUGCUCCAUCACUUCCUCCGUCUCCGCAGCGUCCUCAUCAGCCUUUCCAGGUCAACUUUGCCCUGGAUGUGGACGACGACGACGACGAUGAAGUAAUUAUGAUUGACGCUGACGAUACCCACCUGAGGGCGGAGUCAGUCGCGCCUCCAGUUGAUAAAGAGGACAGUAAACUGUAUCAUGAUUGGCCUCAUCAGGAGAUGAUGAGUGUCAGCAGGAGCAGCGUGGCGACAAAAAGUCCGACCUGGGAUGAAGUUUUUGGGGAAGAAGAAAUGAAUGAUGAUCAGGAUGUAAGGGAUAACAACAUGGAGACAGAUGAUGAGAUAUACAACAAGGGAGGGGUUGGUGAGGAGGCUGGGAAGAACAAGGACAUAAAUAUUAAGAAUGAUGGCAUGACAGAGGAAAAUAAGAGUUGGGAUGAUGUGAGGAACGAGGAAAUACCAGACUUAACACAUGGUGGUGGUGGUGUGAAAGAUGGCUGGGACUUGAAGUGCAGAGCUCCGAUGGACGAGAGCAUGGAUCUGUUUGGGGAUGACGAGGCCUUCCUGCAGAUGACCAUCCCAGACAUCUCCACUCCUGGCGACACGCCCCGCACAUCGCCCACUACCGGAGACAUUGCUAAUAGCACCAAAAAGAUGCCUAACGCUUUACACACAUUUACCCCAACAAACCCACGUAGCGCUACGCACGCACCUGAAAGCGUACGUAGAGUAAACACUGCGCACACAGAUGCUCUAGCACACACAAAGCACAUCACUCACAGUCCGCAUGCACAGGUGAUAACUCAGGAGGACGCAAAUACCCAGAGCCACACGGAGACAAAACACACAGCAGCGACAAUUAAAUCUGUACCAGACAAUUCAAUGACAGACAAGGUAAUCACAGCUCAAUGUAAAUCGCAGUCAUUUGACAGCUCCCAUGACUACUACUCUGUCAACUUUGACCUCGGCUAUUCACUGGAGGACUCUGACGAAGCGGAAGAAGAGGCCGUUCCUGCCCCAUGUAUAGCAACGUCUCCUAAAAAGCUGGCUGACUCUGCAGCCUCUUUGCCAGCCGUCUCAAACUCGUCCACUCCUUAUAGCAGCUUCAAAAGACAGAGAAUGCCUCUACAGUCCAGUGAAUCCAAGAUAUCUACACCAGAAAUGCUUUCGGAGCAUAGGAAGAGAGAAACGUCGUCUCUUCUAGCUUCACCUUUCGGGACUACAGGUGGUGCACUCCCAUCUCCAAUCACAUCAGCAGGUGUUAGGCGGAUGCUUAUGCCUGGCUUCAGCGGGCAUCGCACCCCGUCUUUGGUCCCCGGCUUGAAACAGAGACGACUGGAGGAGAACUCCACUCCUCAUCCAGUGGAGUGCAACAGUGACAGUGAGGAUGAAGUCGUGUUUCAUAAAAGAAGACAUCAGAACAAGGUCAAACCCUUUUCGUCCCCGGACGUGUCAAAGAUCUCCAGUGACGUGGACUCCCCGUCCCCGGUGGUUGUGAAGAGGAAACGUGCAGCUGCACUUAAUACUUCUGAUGAAAUGGAGGGUGAAGCUGUUUCUGAUGACGAUUUCCAGAAUGAGUCUGUGUUCACACGCAGAACCACAGCACACGGAGCUGAGAGGAAAAGCGUCCAACAAGUCAAAGCCAAGCGCCCCGCAUGUCGAAAAGGGCACCAGUUCCUGGAUGCCGAAGCAGAGCUGUCAGAGGACGGGGCGGAUGUGUCGUCUGAUGAAGAGGACGGAGAAGAACACGAUCACUCUCUUGAAGGCUUUGUGGUCAACAACACACACUUCUCACAGGGACUGAAUGACUCAGAGAUGCAAGCUGUUUACCUGAAGUCAGUGAAAAGUCCUGCAGUCCAGGGAAAGUUCAAAAUGUCCUACAAAAAUCAUCACAACAUGGACAUAUUUUCUCAGGUGCCGGAGAUGGAUGAAACGUAUUCAGAGGACAGCUUUGUGGUGGGAAGCGAGGUGGAGGAGGCGGAGAGCAACCAGGAUGACGCUGAAGACAUUGAACUUAUGCCCGAGGACUCGUAUGUGGAGGGGCGGAGGCAGUAUGCCACCAGACGUCGUGUAUUCAUCCACAAAGCAAGAGCUGGAGCUCCACCAGAGCAGAAGGCUGGGGUGAAAACCAAGCGUGUCCGUGUUUUACACGUUGAUGAUUCUAGUGAGGAGGAGACAGAGGAAGCUGGUAAGAAGAGAAGGCUUACAACUGAAGCGGAUGUUGCUGUCCCUCUGUGGCCAAAGGCAGUACAGCCAGAGCCCAGCGGGCUACAGCAGCCGCAGCAGAAACCCUCCUCCUCCUCCUCCUCGUCUUCAACCACAGCAUCCAAGGUCUCAUUACUGAGCAAGGUGAAGAGGUGCUCGGAAAGUGAGGACCAGCAGAAGGAAAGGUGUCGUCAAAGGUUAGAAAAUCAGCAUUGUCUCUCUGAUGAGCUGGACUUUAUAGAGACAGAGCUGCUGUUAUCCUCAAAGAAACAACCCCAGGUCCAGGACCCCGCUGCCACCUCCUCAGUCCCACAGACGUCCACUGCACAGGCGUCAUCAGCCACUGCUUCAUCCGCACCCGUUUGCAUUCUGGUGGACAGUCGCUGCAUCGGUAACGGGGUGGAGCUGAUGACCAGCCUCCGUCAGCGCCACUCAGCCACCGUCCACGUCUGCUCGCUGGACGGCAGCUACUUCAUUGUCAGCAACCGCAUGGCGGUGGAGAGGCACAGCCAAUCGGACUUGGCCGCGAUGCAGAACCGCAAGCGUUUGGCGGAAAGAGUGCAGAGCUUGCAGGGAUUGUUUGAGCGCGUUUGUCUGAUAGUGGAGAAGGACCGAACCAAGCCAGGCGAGGUGUCACGUCCGUUUCAGCGAUCACGUUGCUAUGACAGCACUUUGACAGCACUGGUGCGUACCGGGAUGCGCUUGCUUUGGAGCGAUGGCGCCGAACAAAGCGCCGGCUUGCUUGCAGACCUGGCACGGCUGGAGCAGCGUAAAGGUCAGGGCAUCGCUGUGCCUCUGGAGGUCAAAGGGCAGCACAGGCAGCAGGCUCUGCAGCUCUUCCUGAGCCUGCCCUCAGUCAGCUACAUCCAUGCACUCAGCAUGAGCCACAACUUCAGGUCAAUUGCCCAACUCAUCAACAGCUCCAUUGAAGCCAUUGAAAAGGGAGGCUGUAUGAGUCGAUCCAGAGCCGAGGAGAUCUACCGCUUCCUGCGCUACUCCUGCGACUCUUUCUUCAUGAACACAUCAAAAGCAGGAAAAACCAGCUAGCAGCGCAAAGGAGAAACACUGUAGCGAAACCACAAUCUAAAAUCUAUUCCACUCCUACUUUAUUUGUCCACUACUUUGUCUUUCUUGGCUUCCCCUGCCCUUCUUUUUGUUGUACUUCUUUGUUUUCAGUCUCACCAGGGACCAGAGGAUGACAGGUACUAUAAUACGUGCAGUAACUGAUCUAGCUGAAGUUAGUAUCUCAAUGAGAGAAGUGCUUCAGGAUAAUAAUUCAACCUUCUUGCACAACAAGUUGAAGGGAAACACUGUACAACUUAAUUUGUUUGUUGUAUAAUACCGUGUUUUUCUUGAUCUAAGGCAUAUGAUUUGUAUUUUUUAAAUAAUUUGGGUGAAAAGUGUUUCCCUUUAAACUCAUGUGCAGACAAAAUGAUGGUGUUGAGGCAAUACUGUGUUAAGAACUCAAUCAAUAUUUGAUUUAUACUUGAAUAACUUAUUAUUUUUGUCAAAUAAUGGAUAUAUUUGUUUACAAUGCAUACUGUAAAAGAAGGAAAUGUAUCAAAUUUCUUGAAUAAACUGCUAUUUUUUAUACAUUACUGUCAAAGUAUUUGUGUAGAGUAAGCAGAUUCUGUGGUACCCAUGACUAACCACUAGAGGUCAGUCUUUCACUUUAACAGAACAUGUAUAUCUGGAUUUCUCUUGGGUCACAUACUGGACUCACUUAAUACUUCUAUCCAUUCUCAUAACAGAUUGUUGUGGCAAUAGUUAAGCUGCAACAAGGACUGUGUCUUUCAGAAAACAAUGUGAUUUUUAUUUCACCAUUCUCUCAAAGUACUACAUAGCGUUCAUGCUGCUUUGGUGCAAGAUAUUGUAUACAAACAAGCACAGAACAUUAAGGCAACAACAGUUAAAUCAGCCCUUUUACAAAGAUGUAACAAUCAUGCAUAAUCCACCAGUACAGUCAGACAAUUCUAGACAAAAUAGAGAGCUAAAAUCUUGAAACAAAAAAAUAGUGAUUAAAGAAAAUCUAAAGCCCAUUGUGAUUCCACACCUUUAAACGUAUAAAGGAUAUGAAAUCAGAAACCACCAAAUUCACAGUAUGUACAACAUUAUGUCAUUGGACAAUCCCAAAGCUGUUUCAGACCAGUCAAACAUCUCUCACUCUUUAAUAAGAUAAAUAAUAACAGCAGCAGUGAAGGACUGCAGACAUGAAAAUGAGUGGAAGGAAAGUAAUAGCUCCAGCAAUUUUGAUACUUCUGUCACCUGCAAGUAGGUUUACGAAUGCAUUUGGUUGUGCAUGACCACAGUCUGCACUUUUAUUGUUUUAGUUUACAUUCCAAAGCUGGAAAAUGUAAAGCGUGUGUGAACUCGGACAGCUGUUAACUGAGUAAAGAACGGAGGUCAACCUGCUCUAGGUCACAGUGUGUGUCCUCGCCUCCUAUAAUGAGUACCCUGGUUAAUGGUGAGAGGGAAGCAGAGGUGUCCCAACUAAAUCUGGUUUGCCCAAAGAUUACUGACAAGCAUUAAGGGUCUGGAAGUAGAGACAACAGAAUGAUUAGCAAAAUAGGUUGGUUCUCACUUUGGUGAUGAACAUUUGAACUUCAAAUGCGAAUGUUACAAAAAUGUCUUUGGCAGAAUAGCAAGCUUUUGACAACAAGAGACUCUUUCUUUGUGGUCUGAUGGUCAAAUAUCUGAAAUGUUACAAUGUUGGCACAGGCGAAUAAAUGUUGAUGACAGAAGUAAUAAAAAAAAAAA